GUUGGGCGUCCUACUCAGAGUCUUGAGGUGCAAAGAACUUCACACACACAGAGAGAGAGGCAGAGACAUAGGCAGAGGGAGAAGCAGGCUCCAUGCACCGGGAGCCCGACGUGGGAUUCGAUCCUGGGUCUCCAGGAUCGCGCCCUGAGCCAAAGGCAGGCGCCAAACCACUGCGCCACCCAGGGAUCCCUCCAAAAUAAAUUUUAAAGAAGAUGCAUAUAGAUCUGACCUGUGUAUCCUAGGGCCACAGUGAACUGAAACAUAUUCCCUGAACACACUUUGCACCAGACACACUUUUGAGUCUGGAGAGAACCAGCUCAGGAGCAAAGAGAGAAGCUGAUUUAGUGACUGAAAUGGAUGCAAUUCUGAAUUACAGGUCAGAAGACACUGAAGAUUACUACAUGCUACUAGGAUGUGAUGAACUGUCUUCGGUUGAACAAAUCCUGGCAGAAUUUAAAGUCAGAGCUUUGGAAUGUCACCCUGACAAGCAUCCUGAAAACUCCAAAGCUGUGGAGACUUUUCAGAAACUGCAGAAGGCAAAGGAUAUUCUGACUAAUACAGAGAGUCGUGCCCGCUAUGACCACUGGCGGAGGAGCCAGAUAUCGAUGCCAUUUCAGCAGUGGGAAGCUUUGAGUGACUCGGUGAAAACGUCAAUGCACUGGGCUGUCAGAGGUAAAAAAGACCUGAUGCUGGAAGAAUCUGACCAGAGUCUUACCAAAACGAUUGAAAAUGAGGAAUGGAACAAGCAAAGGGAAAUCAAGAAAGAGGAGCUGGGUUCAACCACAGAGAAAAUGGAGCAAGAAGAAUCCAAGUCCUUGGAGAAGUCAUUCUCUCCACAAAAUCCUGAUUCUCCAAGUUUUUCAAAUGUGAACUCUUGGCACCUUCGUUUCCGCUGGUCUGGGGAUGCUCCCUCAGAACUCCUGAGGAAGUUCAGAAACUAUGAAAUAUGAAAAGUGCCUGCUCAAUAGGAGAGAGAGAGAAAGCAAGACCAUCUUCUGUGCUGCCAGCAAGUCUUUAAGUCUUAACAAUGUUAUAUUUCUCUGUCAUGUUUGUGAAUCAGUACCGAUUGAUUCCUCCAUCCUUGAACCCAUUCUAUCACAAUGUGUUUUAUGAAUGAGAAAAAUUUCAGACUAGUUUCUUUCAAUAUUUGAAUGAAUUAAGGCUGUUAGAUCCAAAGUAGCUUGUAUGGUAUGUAUUUUCCUAUUAGUGUUAUUUAUAGAAUUCCAUUUAAAAAAACUCUCUCUGUAUUUAAAUAAUUCUUAAAUAUACUGUAAUCUCUCAGUGCUGGAUGUACAAGAAAUAUUUUCUGACUUUUGACUUAAAAUGAAAUGUGAGGGGCACCUGUGUGGAUCUGUCAGUUAAGCAUCUGCCUUCAGCUUAGGUCAUGAUCGCAGGGUCCUGGGAUUGAGCUCUGCAUUGGGUUCCCUGCUCAGCAGAGAGCCUGCUUCUCCCUCUUCCUCUGCUCCUCCCUCUGCUUGUGCUCUGUCAAAUAAAUAAAUAAAAUCUUAAAAAAAAAUGAAAUGUGAAAUUACUUGUCUAAAUCCCAUAGAGUAAAAUAAAUAAUUUCCCAAAUUUCAUGAUAAACUUAAAAAUUAACUGUAUUUUGAAAAUAAUUUCAUUAGAUAUUUCUAUUUUAAUUUUAAUAAUCAUAAAUUGAAAAGGUUAUUAUUUAUUUGAGAAAAUAUGUUUUUAUAAGAUUUCUUUUGUUAUAUAUAGCAAGUGAUGUGUUUAUAAACUAUGUUCUCACAGUGAGAACAUACUGCUAGGUUGAAGUUAUUGAUGGUUGUGUGUAGUCUGUGGUUAUUUUUUAGUUUGCAAACAAGUGAAUGAAAAAUUAAGAAGAAAAACAAUUUUAUUUUAUUCAUUCAUUUUUUAAAGACAUUAUUUAUUUGAGAGAGGGAGCGAGAGCUUACAAGCAAGGGGGAGAGGCUACAGGAGAAUGAGAAGCAGAAGCAUGCUCCCUGAGGCAGGACUUGAUCAUGACCUGAACCAAAGGCAGACGUUCAACUGACUGAGCCACCCAGGUACCCCAAAGAAAAAUAAUAUUAGAGCAGGGGUUUCUUAGUGACAGAGUUUUCACUGGUGUAUAUAGCAAAAUGAGAAAAAAAAAAGAAUAUGGGAACUUUUUUUUAAAGCUACAUUGCAGUGGUUUAGCGCCACCUGCAGCCCAGGGCGUGAUCCUGGAGACCCUGGAUCGAGUCCCACGUCAGGCUCUCUGCGUGGAGCCUGCU